AUGCGGUGGAUCAGCUUCUUUUGGGUUGCUCUGACCUACAGCCGUGGCCAGAGCCACGGACAUCUCGCUAUCUAUCGCGGAUACGAUGCAACACCACCCAUGCCGCAACGCAACAUGGUCCACAGCAUGACACAUGUGCGUCACGCGAUGGUUACAGCGCAUCGCUUUCAAAUGCAACAAGUGACUACAGCGCGCCGACAACUCGAAGCGCUUUCGACUCGACUACAUGUUGAAUUGCAGGAGCUACUCACAACGCGCCAGCACGCGUAUGAGCAGAUUCAAGAGCCCCGGUAUCCCAGCAAAUGUGAGUGUGAAAGUGCGUCCAGCUCCACCACCCCAUUGCCGGCGCCAGUACCAGCCCAACCAACAGAGUCGGAAAAUGCAGCCGGAGCUUUGCUCACUGGAAACGCGUCGUGGCAGCUAGAGCCGGUGGAACCAUCCAUGAGUUCAGACAACCGGUUGACUGGGGUGGACGGCCGCCAUCAGACGGACUCGUUCUUCGCCAGUACUUUGUUCGCACUCGCCGUGUUUUUCAUGGCAGUCCCAGUGGCAUGCAUCCUUGGCUUCGUCUUCUUUUACCGACGACGACGACGACGACAGCGCAAACACUACACCCAUGCCUAA